ACACACACACACACACACACACACACGAGUUAUCAGGAUCAGCACACAAAACAAUCAACAACCCAACACAUCAGCCCACACCUCUGCUCUGUCUGCAGCUGAGCAGCUGACGAGAGAGAUUUGUCGACUUUGAAAAAAUAGGAGUUGUCGUUCGCCCUCUCCCUCGCGACGUGCGAACCUACACUACGCGAACCUUCAAGCGAUUGCUGCAAGGCUUGGGCAGGCUCAGGUGGGCUGUUGGGCACUCAGGUGUCGAGAAGAGAGUGUCGCGCCGUCGCCAUGCGGGCGAGAACAUGCUCGCUCGUGCCAACAUUGGGUUGCGUUGUGUCGUGCUAUGACGUACCAGAGAGUGCGAGCACGUUGGCUUCACCUUUGUGCAACCACAUCAUUCAAGUGGCAUCGUGCAUGCAUGCAUAAUGCCUCACAUCCUCGCCCGUGUGCACAGCCGCUUGGCGAGUGUUCCUAGUUUGCCCACUCAAAUUCGUGCAUCGCAUCACGCCAGCCUACCCUGCCUCCAUCGGUCGUAUUGUAUUGUUUGUUGAUUUCGUCGGUGGCACGCCAAACACCACUCAUCAGCAGCCGCGCCUGUCAUUGUAAUAGACACGCUCACACGCACACCCGCACGCGCCAUAUUCGUCCGUCCCGCUUGCGACACAUAUUGUAUGCAUGCGCGUCACAACUACACCGUGGGUGGACGCAUUCAUUGUUGCUACCCCAAAACAACAGCACCCUUUGCUUGCCGAGGCGCCGAGGAUAUUUUGACGCCGUCCCCGCUUUCGGCACACGCCGACACGAGGCACCACUACAGGUCAUUACCAAAACCCACCUUGCAGCCUUCAGCACCCACACUAUGAUGGCAAGACGACUGAGUGGCUUGUUCCGAACAGGGUCGCUCCGCAAAGGGAGCGGCGAUUCCUCCAAGCCACAGCAACCCUCGUCCUCACGCCGAAGCCUUAGCCGUUUCGUCAGGAGAUCAACGAAGAGGCAAAUUCAGGAUGUGUGGGUCUCGAGGCUGCCCGAUGGAUCUCUCGGUUUUGAACUUGUUGGCUGUAUUGACUUUCGAAAAGACCCGCCAGGUGUAUUUGUAUCACAUCUGUCCGAUGAUUGCCCACUGAGCGAGGGUGCCCGCAUCCUUGAAAUCAACGACAUUGACGUGCAGAGCGCAACUGUAGCGGCUGUGAAGAAGCAUUUGAGCGGGAGCGAUCAAGCGGUCAAAAUCAAAGUUGAUACCAAGCCCGAGCGUGGUGAUGAGCAUGGGCGGAGAGGAGUGGUGUCUUCGGGAGGGACAGACAAUGGCUACGGUUCACACAGCGAUGGUCAGGGGUACACCACGUCCGGGGAAAGUGACACAUCGCACUUGACGCAGUCUCCGCUGUUGAUUCGCGCACGCCACAGCCAGAAUUGGGAACAGAUCCACAGUCGAAGCAGUUUCGCUGAAACAGAUCCGAAGAUUCUGGCGUGCGAGUUGCCACUACCAACGAUGACGCGGGAGGAGGCAGAGGCCGCCCUUGAAGGCAAGGAGGCUGGCACGUACAUCAUUCGCGCCAACAGCGGCCUGCGCCUGUCUAUCAUGACGCUGGAUGGCCCGAGGCACCUCGUCAUCUACACACCGUUUGAAGACGAGUUUUACCUCUUUCCAGAUCAGCGCUUUUCCACCCUCUUUGACCUCGUGUCCCACUACAGCAUAACCGCCAUCGCCAACGCAUUCUUGAUGGAACCCCUUCUGUUCCGGUCAUAGUCGGCGCCCGUGAUGCCGCGACCUCCACACAUGGACACGGUCUCCACUGUGGACGCUUGCCCCGUGGCAGCAGCAGAUCAGCGAUCUUUGACAAGGACCACGCGAGACCUUCAACUCCAGCCGUGCUCGUGUGUUGUCUGCUGUGUACAUCUUUUUUCGCUGUUCGUCCGUCUCUGUCUUUCAUGCCUCAAUCACGUUUGCUUCUGAUGUGCUUGGUUUCACUCUUCUUACCUACCUUGACCCCACUGUUGACCUCAUUACCUUAGACCUGCCUUGCUUUGACGCGCCGCACCCUUUGUGCACUGUCCCUCUUUUCACUCGCUUCGCAUUUUCAGAUUCAACCUGCUUUGCUGUCUUGCUUGCCCAGUCUGCUCGGUCCGUCUGCAUUUAUUCCUCUCUUCUUGUACUGUUCCUGCGAGAGGCAAGCACACAUGAUUAAAGCUCGUAAAGCCGAA